GCCGCGCGCGCCUGCCUUCCAAUCCGCGCCCGCCGCCCGCCUGCCAGCCAGUCCCGGGGAGGGAAGGGGGAAAGGAGAGUGCGCGCCCGCGCGCGCGCCCCUGCUGCACCCAGCAGUUUCGCAGCCAGCCUGGAGAGACGGAGACAGACGGGGAGGGAGGGAGACGGCGCACCAGGAGAGAGGAGCUGCUGCCGUCGCCGCUGAUCGCAAAGCGUGCGCGCCCCCCCCCUUCCUUCCAGCGCUCGCUUUUCCUCCCCACCCCUGACAGCCCCCUGUUUCAAAGGGGAAAAAAGGGAAGGGGGGAAAAGAGCGAUAAACCCGAAAGGCAAGAAGUGUGUGGGUGGGGGGCGCGGGAAACAAUGGAGGUGCCUCGCCUAGAUCACCAUAUGAGCAGCCCGAGCAGCCCCUGCGAGGAUGUCAUCAAGAACCUCAGCUUGGAGGCCAUCCAGCUCUGCGAUAGGGACGGGAACAAAUCGCAAGACAGUGGAAUUGCAGAGAUGGAGGAGCUUCCUGUUCCACACAACAUCAAAAUCAGCAACAUCACCUGUGAUUCCUUCAAGAUUUCGUGGGACAUGGAUUCCAAGUCUAAGGAACGCAUCACUCACUACUUCAUUGAUCUAAAUAAGAAAGAGAACAAGAAUUCCAACAAAUUUAAGCACAAGGAUGUACCCACAAAACUAGUGGCAAAGGCUGUUCCCCUGCCCAUGACUGUCCGUGGACAUUGGUUCCUGAGUCCAAGAACUGAGUACACCGUUGCCGUGCAGACUGCAUCGAAGCAAGUUGAUGGUGAUUACAUGGUUUCAGAAUGGAGCGAAAUCAUAGAAUUUUGUACAGGAGAUUAUUCAAAGGUCCACUUAACACAGCUUUUGGAAAAGGCAGAAGUGAUUGCAGGGCGCAUGCUUAAAUUUUCUGUGUUUUAUCGGAACCAGCACAAGGAAUACUUUGACUACAUCAGAGAGCAGCACGGGAGCGCUCUGCAGCCUUCGGUCAAGGAUAACAGCGGGAGCCACGGCUCUCCCAUCAGCGGGAAGCUGGAGGGCAUCUUCUUCAGCUGCAACACCGAAUUCAACACCGGGAAGCCCCCGCAGGAUUCGCCCUAUGGAAGAUACAGGUUUGAGAUAGCGGCGGAAAAACUUUUCAACCCAAAUACUAACUUGUACUUUGGGGACUUCUACUGCAUGUACACGGCCUACCACUAUGUCAUCCUCGUCCUCGCACCCGCCGGGUCACCGGGAGACGAGUUCUGUAAGCAGCGCCUCCCUCAGCUGAACUUGCAGGAUAACAAAUUCCUGAUCUGCACUGAAGAAGACGGGGCGAUGAUCUACCACCACGCGCAGGAUGUAAUCUUGGAAGUGAUUUACACUGACCCUGUGGAUCUCUCCCUCGGCACCGUUGCGGAAAUCACAGGCCACCAGCUCAUGAGCUUGUCGACGGCCAACGCUAAGAAAGAUCCCAGCUGCAAGACGUGUAACAUCAGUGUUGGACGUUAAUUCAGUGGUCCCCCCCCCCCAACUCUUCCUUAGGAGCCUUCUCUGUGGCCUAUUCCCCAUUGCCAUCCGUUCUCAUCAGACGCAUGCAUAAAGCCGCUCUUACCAAGAG